GACUGCUGUAAUCGCUAGCAAACAGUAGCUAUGGCGGAGACUCGGAAAUCCACUUCAGGGCUCCCUUCUCCAGGCGAUAUGACUUCACUGGCACGGGCUCUAUCUCACACUACUUUAUCCCAGCUCGACCAGUCGGAUGCAUUUCAAUCGCAGUCGUCUCUGUACAGAAUGGGAGCAUCUCGGAGGAGAAGAAUAUCAGCUAGUCAAAGCGUGGACUCUUUGGAUGUGAGUCCGAGCGCUGAGGCGCGUGUGCUGGUCAUCAACACCGGAGGGACAAUAGGAAUGAUGUACCACAAUGACGUGCUGUGUCCUGAGCCCAAUGCCCUGGUUAAAGCUCUCCGCAAGCUUCCCACUCUGCAUGAUGAACAAUAUGCUCUGCAAACCAGACUCUAUGAGUACUACGAUCCUCCGGAGAACACGCUGGUGCUGCCGAUGCCAACUCGACAUGCUGAUGAACUAUCUCAAUGCCUGUCCAAACAGAAUAAAAGAAUAGUGUAUACUGUUAUUGAGUAUUGUCCGCUGCUGGACUCCUGCAACAUGUCAACUGAUGACUGGGCCAGUAUUGGAAAAGACAUUGAGAAACAUUAUGAGAAAUAUGAUGGCUUUGUCAUUCUGCAUGGUACUGACACUAUGGCCUACACGGCCUCAGCUCUGUCCUUCAUGUGCGAGCACCUGGGCAAACCUGUCAUCCUCACUGGCUCUCAGGUACCGAUCUAUGAAAUGAGGAAUGAUGGGAGAGACAACCUGCUGGGGGCGCUGCUGAUCGCAGGGCAGUUUGUCAUCCCUGAGGUGUGCCUCUACUUCCAUCAUAAGCUGUUUCGAGGUAAUCGUGUUACCAAAGUGGAUGCUGGGAGUUUUGAUGCCUUUAACUCCCCUAACCUGGCCCCAUUAGCCAACGCUGAAGUUGAUAUCAAAAUAAAUUGGGACACAGUGUGGAGGGCAAACACAACAGCAAAGUUCAGGGUCAACACACAGAUGAACCGCAACGUCGGCCUCCUGCGUUUAUUUCCUGGGAUCACUGCUGACACUGUUCGAGCCUUCCUGCAGCCGCCCAUGGAGGGGAUAGUGCUGGAGACCUAUGGCAGCGGUAAUGCCCCUGAUAACCGUUCAGACCUGCUGGAAGAGUUCCGGAAAGCUACGGAAAGAGGAGUUAUCAUAGUCAACUGCACCCAGUGUCUCCGAGGCUCUGUCACCACAUCAUAUGCCACUGGGAAGGCCCUGUUUGAUGCUGGAUUGGUACCUGGGGGUGAUAUGACUCCAGAAGCUGCUCUGUCCAAACUCUCCUACAUCCUGGCCAGGAAAGACCUAACGACUCAAGAGAAAAAGAAGAUGUUGAGCCGAAAUCUGCGUGGUGAGAUGAUCGCUCACUUGAAGGGGGCCAAGCUGACGCUCAGUGACAGUCGCUUCAUUCAAGUCAUUGCUAAAUCUCUCAGCAUCAGCUGCAAAGAGGAGCUGGAAGCUAUCCGUGAUGCCCUGACCCCCACAUUAGCCUGCGCUGCUGCUAAGAUUGGCGAUGUUGAGGCACUGGAGGCAAUUAAAGAGAUGGGAGCAAACUUGAGCAUGGAAGACUACGAUGGCCGGACUCCUCUCCAUAUCGCAGCCUGUGAGGGUCACCUCAAAUUAGUGCAGUAUUUAUUGAGCCAGGGAGCCACCGUAUAUGCCAAAGAUCGCUAUGGGAACACACCUCUUCGAAAUGCUGUUCGUUUCAGACACAAGGACGUGGUGAAGUUACUGAGAAAAACAGGAGCCCAUUUUUCUCCUGAAGAAAUAGAAGGUGCUGGAACUGAGCUUUGCAGUCUGGCAGCAAACGCAGACUUGGAAGGCUUGGAGAUUUGGCACUUAGCUGGAGCCGAUCUGACUAUGCCAAGUUAUAAUGGGCAAAUAGCCAUAGAGGUGGCCAUGCAGUUUGGAAAUGAGGAAGCUGUGCAGUUUCUUCAACGAGCUGCUCAGUACCGAGCUCAGCAUCAGACAGAUGAGGGUUUUGAGGUUUUUGAUGAAAUCGAGGAGCACAACAUGCAACGUUUUAGAGGGAAACAGAUCACCCACCCCUUCUUUUAGUGCCUGGUUUGUUAUUUUGCCGUACUGAAAUGUCGGAGGCUGUAAUAUGAGCAGCUAACAUGAACGCGUUUUGGUUUCAGCUAAUUAAUCAUUCUUCUUUAAAUAAAUUGUUCUGUAAAUAAAAGCUUCAACUAUUCUAACCUUAGUUUAUCCAAAGUUUCAGCCAAAUGCUUGGGAUGCAUAUUCUGACCUCUGUGUCACUCCACUCGCAUUUUUUUAAAUUGUGACCCUAUCAAUUGUUGCUAAUUUGCUUAUUAUAUUUCAACGUUGCCAAUUAAAAGGGUAUGAGGAUGUAAUUUUUUUCCCAGCAACUACGGGUAAAUGAGGUCUAUUGUUUAAAACUGUUCUAAUUAAAUGAUAUGAUCUGGAGGUAACUAACCAAAAUGCAAAAUUAAUAUAUUAAUCUUAAUUUUCGUUUUGUAUGUAAAAUAUAUUUCAUGUUUUAUAUUUAGAAGCUGGAACCUUCAUGAUUUCUUCUUUUCUUUGGUCAUUUUUCCAGAAUGGUGAUUUCAUCGAGUUUUCAGCUUGUCCACAGAAAUCCUAAGAAGACAAUCCCAUCAGCAUCCUUCCCUUUUUCCCUGCUGCUUUUUGUAUAGUGUAUUUGUAUAGUGAUAUUACAGCAGAUAGUUUCACAAAGCUGCUUUACUUUAUAAACGAGUAAACCAAAGGCUGCAGAAUUAGGAAGUCAGGCUUCAGAAGAUGGACGCUUGAGAGGAUUUUGGAAUUUUGCUCAUGAUAAUUAUAGUAUAAUAGCACCUGGAUCACAUCACACAAGAUCAGUAAAGAGUACUGAUUGCUGGAAAUGUACAGGGUAUUAGUAAUAAUUUUUUUAUGAGCGGAGCAGAAAACUGUUUUUAUCAAUCCCUCCUUUAAUCCUUUUUUUUUUAAAACCUAAUUUGAUCUUGUCAUUACAAUUUGAAUCAUUUUCAUUAGAAAAUAAGCCAUUUAUUUUACCUUUGGGCUGUACGUACAUGGGACUAAGCAAGUAUUAUUCAAGUAUUAUAAGUGAAUGUCAUUUUAUAUUACCGAGCAAUAACGGUAGAAAUGUUGAUGUCGCAUCAGUAUUAGAAAGUAAUAAAGUGUUAUGGUCCAAGAUUGUUCCUUUGACAGAGAGUGUUACAAUAUGUAUUGUACAUCUUACAAAGUGCUUGUGAGUUAGAGAAGCCCAUAUUUGGAAACGGUUCCAAUUCAGAUAUGCUGUUAAACCAUAUCUGGUGUAAUCAGGUUUGUUUAUCAUCUCAUUAGGUGGUCAUGAAGUGGAAAGAGUGUUAUGAUUUGCACUAGCCAACAUUGGUUUGGCUUUUUGCUAAUUUACCAUCUGCUUAUGUGAACUGGCACAAAAGAGUUGUGCAAUAUUUAGUCUCUUUUCAAUUCACAUCAGCAUACUGUGUGAUAUGUUUUAAAGACGCACAAACAUGUACGUGAGCAUGAAGGACUCAGGUAAUAUCCAAGAGCUGAGAAAAUGUAAUCCGUUUUUGUCCUCAUAGAGAAGUAGUCAGAUGAUUAUUAUUAUUAUUAUUAUUUAUUAUUAUUAUUUAUUAUUAUUAUUAUUAUUAUUAUUAUUAUUAUUAUUAUUAUUAUAUGAAUGUGUAUUGUCAAGUAUGGAAAUGUUGUUAAAUCUA